UUGAAAGCUGCUACGUUACAAAGAAACAUCAGAAGCCACACCAAACCAGCACCAAAAGUUCUCAGUUAAAUUUUACAGAUCAGUGUCUUGGGUGACUUGGUGGACAAAGUCCAGUCAAUAAUUUCUGCCUUUAAAGGCCUCACAAUUUUUGGGCAGAGGAGACCAUUAAAAGGCCAGACAGGGCAGACAGAAACCCUUGCUGUCACCCUGCACAUAUGUGAGAGGAGUGAGAUGAUGAUGAUGAUGGAUCUUGGACUCUUGGUGGCUUCAUCUUAGGGUUAUAAAUAGUGGAGUGAGCUCUUUUUUUUCUGGGAGGUGGGGAGGGGGGGUUUCAAUUUGGGGCAAGUUCAUCCUCUUUCUUCUUCCAAUCUUAAUAAGAAGAAAAAGUAUGAGGGGAGGGGUUGGGGUGAGCCCUGGGAAUGUGCCAGUGUACUUCUAUGGUGGAGGGAAGGUGAAGUUGGUGGAGAGGAGGGUGAAGGUAGCUGAGGUGGUGCUGAGAUGCCUGAUUUGUGGGUUGGGAGUGAUUGCUGCUGCACUUGUGGGAACUGAUUCCCAGGUCAGGAGGAUCUUCUCCUUGGAGAAGAGGGCCAGGUUCACUGACAUGAAGGCCUUGGUGUUCCUGGUGAUAGCAAAUGGGGUUGCUGCAGGUUACAGUCUGUUCCAGGGGGUGAGGUGUGUGAUCAGCAUGAUGAGAGGGAGUGUGCUCCUCAAUAAGCCCUUGGCAUGGGCAAUCUUCUCUUGUGAUCAGAUGAUGGCUUACGUGGCGCUGGCGGCGGUGGCGGCAGCAGCGGAGUCGGCGGUGCUGGGGCAGUUCGGGCAGGCGGAGCUGCAGUGGAUGAAGAUAUGCAACCUCUACAGCAAGUUCUGCACCAGGGUCGGGGAAGGGAUUGUGAGCGCAUUCCUGGUGAGCAUAAGCAUGGUCACAAUCUCCUGCAUCUCUGCUUUCAAUCUCUUCCGCUUGUACGGACCCAACAAAGGCAAAAACAGCGGCAGCUGGUGAUUUGAGUUAAUAAUAAUGAUCGAGCAGCGUUUCGUCGAGCGAAAUGAGUGAAUGUUGGACUGAUAUUGUCAUGGCAAUAUCUAUUAUUGUCGGAAUGAGAAAGCUUCAAAAGAUGCAAUGUUUGUGCUCUGACAAUAGUAAAUAUUGUUUUGGCAAUAUCAAUUCCCACAGUAAAUUGUUCGACUUGCGUAAUAAAUGUGUGGGGUAAAUUUUGCCCAGUGUGCAUCACCAUGCACUUACACAUUCCAAACAGUUAGUUGUAUGAUCUAAAAAUCAAUCAGUGAGACACACAAUGCUGUAGAAACGUCUUUAUGUUUCUUUUUUAGUUAUAAUAAUAUAAGUAAACCAAAGUUAUGCAAAACCA